AUGCCCCCUCAUAUCAACUUUCAGCGUGAUCACACUCACAACUCAAAGCAAGCUGUCCCAGGAGACAACAGUCGGGGGCUACUGACGACUGAUUCUUCAGGGCUCACGGAGACCUCCGGUUUCAGCGACACUCCAGUUGCCACCAGUGAUUUCGCAACACGCUAUGAUGAACCAAUACCAAAUCAACGUGGUUUAUCUCCUUUUCGCCCGGCUCCCACCGAGGACGAAGGGUUUGGUCAAUCCAGCAUUCAGUCAUCAAACACAGGGCCCCUCAUGUCUGAUUACAGAAACAACUCAGAAGUUACAUCUUUGGCUUCAUUUGAUGGGCGAUACGAUCUCAGUGAUCAACCCUAUCCGGCAGUCAUACCAGUCGACAAUGUUUCUUCGUCAAUUGGUAUUGCACCCAGCUUACAACAUUCGAAUCAGAGUCGUAGUGUUAUAAGUGGUCAAGCUCCUUCUUUGACCGGCCGUCGUACUGAGUCCGAGGCUACUGACACCAGUGGAAACAACUCCCCAAACUCCUCAACGCAUGCUUCCAAGCAUCAAGACACAGUGAGAGACCCCCGUCUCAUCAGUGAUACCCACCAGACCCUCGUUCCCACCGGACCUGCCUUUGCACUUCCGACCGCCUCAGGCUGUUCUUUUGAUAUCGAAGGAAGGUCAACCACGUCUGCUAAUUCCCAUGAAAACGUCGGAGCUGGUGAUACAACUUCCAACCUUACACAUGCAAAUUCUUCUGUCCAGUUGUCUGUACCAUUUGCAAACUCUCAGUCUAAUUCUUUCCAGUAUACUCGCCCUGUAACAUACAAUAGCAAUAACGAUAAUGAUGAAGUUGACGACAUUCACGAAUUAGCAACUGACUUGACGAAACCAUCUCGCAUUCCAACUGCCAUACCGCGCUACGCUCGCCGUGAUACCAAUUAUACAAGCUCUACCCCUGUCACCCAAAACUCUGUCCCCAAAUCUUCAAUUCCGGUUCCCCCCAUACGACCCAAAGCUGAUGACAUCACUGAUCAUGCGUCUUCUCAAUUGAAACCCAAUUUACCAGCAUUCAACUGGAAGAAUAAGGGCAUCGGAUUGGUCCAGCAUAACAUUCCCACCGGUGUUGAGGUCCCAAGAAGUUCCGCUGGGUCUGAUGAUGAUGGCAACUCAAGCUCUCCGUCCGCAAGCCUUGCACCUGCUCUCAAGCCCAGUUUUGCCACUUCACACGCCCAAACUUACGACCAGAAGGCCCAGUCUUCAUUCCAAGACACUGCAUCGACUAACUUUAAAUAUUCAGCUGAACCCGAAGCCGAUACGCAGUCUGAUCGAUCCAGCCGGUCCGAACUUGACCAUCGUCCCUCGAACUUCGGUGUUAGCUCUAGCUCCGCUUUCGCUGCCUCUCAAACCAAAGAGUUCGAUUCCUCGAGUACUUUCCAAGCGCAAGAGCGGUCAGCUGGGUUCAACAUGUCUGAUAGUUACCCGCUGCCUCAACCAACCACCAUAGCUGACUCGAGUCAUGGGAUCGCCCGCUGUGGGGAUACUCAAGUCACACGCGAGCUACCAACAAACCAGCGCACCCCGAACAUCACUGAGCCAAACUUUCCCAGGAAGUUGGAAGACAUCAACUCCAUUGCGAAAUCUGAAGGAAGCUGCGAGAUCGAUGAACAUAAUCCACCCUCUUCCCUCUCCCGCAACAGGUUUGGUUUCUCGUCCAGUCUGCAGCGCUCCACGCAGACCCAACAAAAAGAUACUCAAUCAUCGUAUGGUCACAAUAUCAACUUCACCGAACCACCCAAGAAUUUUGGUGUUUCUGCAGUCCCUGAUAUAGUUGAGAAAACUGAUGGAAGUGACACCUCAGAUAUCUCGACAUCCAAUGAAGACCAUGAAGCUUCUCCUGCUCCUUACCUUUCUCGAUCUGAAACUAAACUUGACACAAGCCUUGGUCUAGCCGAUGAUCUACGAUGUCUCCCAACUGACCAAACUCGUGACACUGUAGAUAAGGAUGUGAACUUGACGUCGAAUGCACGUUCAGCGCCGAUCCAACAAGAGCAAGCCUCUACCGUGUUUCAAGCUGAGAGUCUUACCUCUUCAGAUCUGGAAGCUCAUGAUCGGAAUAGCAACGCUACGGAUGAGGCUUUGGGUAGACAACAAUGGAGCGCCGUCUGUCCAAUUACUCAGUCAUCAAUUGUGGAUGACAACAUGACCCCGUCCUUGAAACAUCAAUCGAGCCAAGUACAAAGUCAAACCCAUGAAAUGCCCCCGACCACCAGAUCUGCAGUUCAAGACCAGCAUGCUCACCGAGCCUCAAAGCCAUCCGAAUCCGAUGACGAGGAGCUUGAAUACUUAGAAGACAACAAUUCAGAUGGUCAAAUUUCAAGCAAGAAUCUGGAGCAGACCUCAUUCGAUCACCCAGAAAAUACUAAGGCUACAAUCGAACCAUUGCCAGUUGUGCCUCCACCACCAGCAGAGCAUCCACUCAACCCCUUCACCGGUCGCUUUUCAGAUUGCGUCAUAGAAAACCGCGUUCCUCAAGAUUUCAGAGAUGAAAAGACCUCGACUGGGUGGAUUGUUUCCAAAGAAGCACACAAGCAAGAAGUCGAUCUCAAGACUGUAUCAAAUCAAGUCGGAGAUAAACCAUCCGGAAGCGAACACAGCUUCGAAGUCAAGGCUGGAUCUGAGAGCAAUCCUUCAUCUCCAAGCUUGCAAGCUACUCAUCACUCGAACUUUGAUCAAACUUUGGACGAACCCAUCUUCAACAAACCUGGUAGAUCAGACGGUCAAGACAGUACAGUAGCACCAUUUACUCUGGAAUCGUCAACUAAACAAAUUGAAAACUUCGGAAAAGUGGAGGUUGAAUCUGACAGUGGUUCUUCAUCCUCAAGCUCCAAGGCUACUCAUUUUUCAAAACCUGACGAGUCUUUUGAGUCUCCCGCUGUUUACCUACCUGAGAGGUCAGUUGGUCAGAACAGCAUUUGGACUGCAUCUGCUUUGGAAUCGUCAAUGGAGCACCAAACAAAUCUUGAAAUCAAGCAAACCUUCGAAGUCGAGGAUAGAUCGGAGAGCGAGUCUACAUCACAAAGCUCCAGCGUUUCUCGACAUUCAAAAUUUGAUUCAACAUUGGACAAACCCCCUUUCUACAAAUCUGAUAAUUUAGAUCAUCAUGAUAGCGUAGCAGCAGCAUUUAUUUCGGACUCCUCCACCAAAGAAGCCACAAACUUUGAAGAAGUAGAGGCUGAAACUGAUUCUUUGUCCUCAAGCUCCCGAGUUUCUCAUACUUCAAACCUUGAUCAGCCUUUUGAAUCUUCUACUGUCCACAAACCUGAGAUGUUAGUUGGUCCAGCUAGUGUGGCAGCUACAUCUGCAUUCGAACCGUCGAAUGAACGCUCAAAGAAUCUCACAAUUCAACGAAGCUUUGAAGUGAAGGACGGAUCGGAGAGUGUCUCUUCAUCCUCCAGCUCCAGGCCCUCUCAUGUUUCAAGAGGUGAAACUCCGAAAUCUCCCAAUGUCUACGAAGCUGGUAAGUUAGCCAGCCAGAAUAGCGCAGCAGCUUUGUCUGGUGUGGAAUUUUUGAUCAAACACACGGCGGAUGUCGAAAGCGAACAUGACUUUGAAGUUGAGGCCGAAUCUGAGACCAAGUCUUCAUCAUCGCACUCCAGCACUUCUGAUCGCUCAAAGAUUCCAGAUCAACACUUCGAAGAAUUCACUGUUGGAGCACCCCACUAUGGAGCUGCAGACGCCGGGAUCAAGUCAUCUCACCAAGAUCGCAAUUGCUAUGCCCAAGAUGCCAUCUCAGACCCCAGCAAUGUUGCCGAAUCUAUGAAUGAGUCCCAUUCUACUGGAGUUGGAUCCCACUUUGUUGGAAUUAGCAAGGCAUAUAAGAUUGACGAUGUGAAGAAGGAUUCUUUCUCGCACGAUCACCCCUCAGAUAAGAGUCAGCAUGCAAAAUCCCAAGAGGAUCAGCUGUCCAAGUCUUUUUCUCGACCCUCAUCACUGCGAUCAACAUCAUGUGAUUCCUCUUUAGUGGAGCGGGAGCGCAAGAUUGAAGUAGGAGUCGAUUCAAAACAUACCGACAUAAUCGAUUCCAGAGCAACGAGUGAGUGGCAAGAGGACGCACGCUACCCUCAAUCAACUGCUCACCAAGCCGUUGAGCCUACUCGGACAUUUGGUGAAAGCAAAAAGGAUGUCUCCUUCCCAUCACACUCGCUGGCCAACACUUUAACUGUUUCAGAACCCAAAGAUUUCAGCGUUGUCAAUUCUGAAGGCUAUGGUUCCAGCUCAAAGGGUAGCGGCACUCUACCCUCUGUUCAGAUGGGUGCAACAGACAAUCAUUCGGCCGACCAUCAUGCAGAUUUUUCAUCUCUUUGCUUGACCAGACACCAAUCUAGUCGGCCCCCUCCAGUAGCAGCUUUUCCUAUAGCUCUAGACUCGCGUGAGAAUGACUCCAAGUACGAAACCAAGCCUUCACAUCACACCAUUACAACUGAAGAGGCUGGAGCAGUCGAUGAUCAAACCGUAACUCAACGCCAUGCCAAGUACGAAGAUAUAUUGUCGGUCUCGGCAACGUCAGAUUGUACUUCAAAUUCUCUAUCUGAGGAUGCUUCCGAUCGCAAUUCAACUACCCAAACUCAGAACAUCAGACACACCACACAUUCACAAGAACCUUCGUCUACCUACAUGCCUGACGAUACAUCCCGAGUCAUUCGGGAUAGUGUUGCUCCACCAGCCGCGCUUACUGGCUUACCAGAUUCUUCGCAACAUCUAUCAGCAGCGAUAGAUGAUGGCUCCUCAUAUCAUCUUCAUCAGCAAGACGCUCAAAGGAUUGCUGUCACAGACCAACCUCACAAUGAACCUGAUGAAUGUGCCACGGGCAUUCGUCGUGUCACUACUAACGUAUCUACUUUCCUUUCUGCACAGGUCGACGAAAGCUCUCCACAUCAAUAUCAUCAACCAUUCCCAACCGGAACAUCGAACCAAGAAGGUCUGAUAGCGUCUCGGUCUCCUGAUGAUCUUGCUCGCGAACAAGGUAGUUCUUUGACUUUCAGAGCUCCUUUAGCUGAAUCCGAUGCGCUUAAGCGUCCGGACAUGACCCAUGACUUAGCCGAAGAAAGGUCACUUGAGACUUACUCAGAGCACACGAAUGAGCGCGACAACGUAGAAACUUCCAGCUGGACAAACUUCGAACCCACGCAAGAGCUACAAUUCUCAGGCCGUCAAAAUCCAACAACACAGUCAGUGCGCCAAGAUCAGUGGAGCAAUGAUCAUUCAAUCACCUCCAAACUCGAAUCUUCCGAAUCACCAUCUCAGGUAACCAUGAACAAAUCCCUUUUUCAAUCACCCACAACCGGUACAGAAACUGAAGACGGGUCACAUUCUGCUUUUACUGAGCACAAGCUCACCACUACCACUGACAGGACUGAGCCUUUCAGAAGUCAAGAGAUUUCCAUAUCCGAAACACCGCAAGACCCUACCGCUCAUCAAGAGAUGACCAGUUAUACGAAAUCCGAGGAGGACCAUCAUGGCAAUGUCGAUACUUUGGACUUUGCUUCGAACAUGUGCCUAGAAGCCCCCUCCCCUCCAAAAUCCAACUCCGAGGAUUCUGACGCGCCAUACGAAGAUAAAAAGGAUGAAACCCAGGUUCAACAUACACGCACUCAGUCUGCUAUAUCCCUACCACGCGAGACUCCUCUCUUGGCGGAAUCUGGUCAGACCCCCUCCCAGACACCUGUCCAGUCGAUGUCGGAUGUAGCUCGCCAAUAUGAUGCCAAUGCGGAAGCGUCCGACAACGGUACUUCCCCUGAAGUUUCAAUGAUUUUUAGAGAUCUCUCGGAAGAGCAAUCAGCCUUAGAUAUCUCAGUCGAACUGGAUGCGCACCGACAGCCAGAAGCAACUCUUUAUCAAUCAACGUUCAGAGAUGAUGACGCGGACGCAGCUCUUCUAGAUCACAGAGCUGCCUCAAAAAGUACAACUCAUUCGAUACAUACACCUCAAGAUACUUGGAGCUCUCAUUCUCGCCGGAGCUCUCAUUCUCGCCGCGAGACCUCCAUUGCUACACAUGAAGUAAGCGUCUUUUCCCAGCAAAGGAAUUCUCUCGCGGUGCAAAUCGCACCAGCCAGAACGUGUGAGAUUUCAGGCGCUAAUGCAAAUUCCUCAAUUUCUUUUGAACAGUUGUUACCCGAGUUUCAAGAUGAACAAAACCAAUCCCGAUCGGCACCCGAAGCGCUACUCACGCUGGCUUCUUCGGCAAAUCCUAGCGUCGCAUCUCCAUAUGAGCACAAUAUCAAUGUUGAGCAAGGGUCCGAGGCAUGCCACUUUGCACGAGCAUCUGAUCUACUUUCACCUGUUUCAGCUGCCCGGAACGGGACUGAGAAUACAGGCAAUCUUACAUCAAACAGUUUUGGGACAAGGAAUGAUCAGUUUGACGUCAUUCAAGCUUCAGUGCCUGUUUCACAGCUGGAGUCUUCUUCCGACAUCGAUGAUUCAUCAUCGUCCCUUUCUGUGUCAAACGAACUUGAUCAACGUAUGUUAACCACUGCGAUUCUCAUCUCAAUUCACUUUCAUGAAGCAAUGUCUCCUGGACACAGCUCGAAUGUCUUGCGCGAUACCGUUGAAACUGCACAAGAAUCCGAUAUUGAUAUCUUGCAAGAUAGUGCAGCACCUUCCAGCCGGUCCACUGACAUCUUGGAAGACGCUGCAGCAGAAUCUCGCAUGUCCGAACAGGGAACUCGACAGCAAGAUGAGCCCUUGAGCAACCCUUCAAGAGAACUCGCCGCUGUACAUCGUGAUCUUGAGGUCGACUCUCAACUUGCAGUGUUUGACGAUACACCAAAGGAGUUUCAACCCACCGAUCUCAGCUCAGAACUCGAAGUUUCUCAGUCCAGCAUUUCAAACAUGAUUCUCGAAGCUACCGCUCAUGAGAAAGGCGAACCCGAUAUUCAACACAGCUUGGGUUCUCGUACUGAUGACACAUAUCAACACGUCCAUACCGGAAGACUUUCAACAUUGGAUUCAGCCAUCACAACACUUGAGAAUGACCUCAAGUCACCCCUCACCUUUGGCAAUCAUGGCCUAGACGGCUCCCCUCAGGGAUCAUCCAAAUCUACACCAGAUGGAUCAGUCCACCUCAGUUCUAGUACCUCUUCAGGCGAGAAGCAUGAGCUCAACCCAACGUCACCUAGCAAUACGGUCAACGUAUCAGGCUUUAACGAAACGUCGAGAGAAUCUCACUUUGAGCUCAAACCUCAGGAUGCCAUCUUUCAAAGUUCAUCAAAGGAACUCAUGACUGGACAACAUGAGUCUAAGCUCGAAACCUUUCACUUUACACCUUCUCGUGAACGCUCAACCGAGCCUCUAAAUGCUGACAGGAGAUCACCAAAUGAUCAAAUUGAUCGCGAAUUUGCUGAGCUAGCCAUGACAGAUCAAACUGAGUCUCCCCUCAAGGUUUCAGAUGGCGCUCUUCCUGAUGAGCCAUCAUCCCCUGAACUCGUCUCCUCGGACUAUCCAAUUGAUGGCACUCCCACCAUACCGAUCGCAGAAGCUACUGCUGAUAUUCAAAAGUCUUUUAAUGACUCGACAGAGGUUUCAGAGACCAUUGAAGUCUUGCCACUCACUUUUCCCGAACCAGAUCCCUCAAAAGAACAUUCACUCGAAGCCAAAUCUGAUGAAAUAUACGCCUCAAAGACUCCAGUAAAAGAGACUGUCGAACACAUCACAAGGUCUCCCGAAACUUCCGAGGUGCUUGAGCCUGAACAACCCGCUUUCAAUCACCGGGGAUCUCCACCCAGCCUUCCGAACGAGAUACAACUUCAAAGGGUCAUGAAUCAAAUUGUCGGCUCGGACAUUCAAGAGAACAAUCAGAGCACAACCGAAUCGAGUGCUGCAAGUGCCACACUUCCUAUUGGCUAUGUUGACGAACCCGAGCUCUUAGUUGCCAAUAAUACCUCAGUAGAGCAGACUCAAGAAGGACAACCCGACCUAGAACUCAUAUCUGCAACUUCUUUCUUUGCAAAUGAGGAUUCCUUAGAUGACUCGUCAGCACGUGAGUGUGAGUCUAGCGUUUUCUAG